GUGCUUCCUGUGACUUGUCCGCUAUUUCACAAGCUAUUUCUUGCUUGUUCUCAAGUUGCAGGAGAGAGGUCUUUAUCAUCUACCAGAAGCCUCAUAGCUGGCUACAGUCCCUCCUGGCCACACCAUGGCCAAUACCCUUGGUGAUCAUCUGCUAAACACCCUAGAGGGGCUGCUGUACUAUGACUUCGAGAAGUUCAAGUUCAAACUGCAGAACGCCAGCCUGGAGAAGGGCCACUCUAAGAUCCCCUGGAGCCGUGUGCAGAUGGCCAGGCCAGUAAAGCUGACCAGACUCCUGCUAAACUUCUAUGGGGAGGAGUAUGCUGUGAAGCUGACCCUGCAGAUCCUACGGGCCAUCAACCAACGCCAACUAGCAGAGGAGCUUUGCAAGGCCACAGGCCCAGAACAUUUAACCGAAGAAAAUAGAAUUGGUGGUUCUGCCCAGUCUUCUGCAGAGAAUACGGCCAGGAGUGUGAAGGUACCAGAUGCCCCUGAAGGUGAUGGGACUCAACAAAACAAUGAUGAGUCAGACACCCUGCCAUCCAGCCAGGCUGACGUGGGGAAGGGACCCCAGAAGAAAUCGCUGGCCAAAAGGAAGGAUCAGAGGGGCCCUGAGAGCCUGGAUUCACAGACCAGGCCAUGGGCCAGGAGUGCAGCGCCUCUGAAUAGGAGAACCCUGGCUAGCCAGUCCCCAGGGGACAAGGAGAACAUGGCAAGUGCCCAGCUCCGCAGGAAUGUCAGCUCCGCAGGGAGGCUUCAAGGACUCUGCAACAAUGUCCCAGGGAGGAAAGAAAGCAAGAAAGAUGAAGUGUAUUUGCCUUCAGGAAAGAAGCGACCCAGGAGUCUUGAAAUGACCAUUUAUUCUAGAGAAGGAGAACCCCCAAAUUCAGAAGCUCUUCCAACUCAAGAGAGAACAAGGAAUGGGAGUCUCAUUUGCAUGCGAGCAGCAGCAGCAGCGAACGGAAGGACAGCAGGAGCUCUAGAAAAGGGCACAGGGAUUCCAGAGCAUUCCGUGAUGCUGGAUGAAGAAACAUUCAGAAACCUGUCUUCCAAAACGUCACCGAUUGGGGAGGAGACUUGCACGACCUCAUGGACAGAAAAUGGAAAGAGGAGUACUGAAACCACAGAGUCGUCCAGAGGGAGGGCUGGCAGCAUGCUCUGUGACUCUUGUGAUCCAGAUGUGCCUUUGUCACUAUGUGAAAAACCUGCCCAAACUCCAGAAGACCCAGCAUCCUUAGGACAGGCUGCUUGUAAAGGAAGGUCACAGGACAAGGCUGCAUGCCCUCUUUGCCAAACCCAGAAAGGAGACCUGCAUGGUGAUACCUGUGUGCAAAGUUCCUGUAGCUGUUCCAUUGCUCCUGGGGAUCCCAAGGCCUCAGGCAGACCCUCUGUAUGCUUCCAGUGCCAAAGUUUACUUGCAGGAAAGAGCCGUGAUGCCCAGAGCCCCCAGUCCCUACCACAGUGCCCUCGUCACAUGAAGCAGGUACAGCUGCUUUUCUGUGAGGAGCACCGGGAGCCCAUCUGCCUCAUCUGCAGGCUGAGCCAGGAACAUGAAGGCCAUCGGGUGCGCCCCAUAGAGGAGGCUGCACUAGAGUACAAGGAGCAGAUCCGGAAGCAGCUGGAGCGCCUGAAGGAAAUGAGGGGAUACGUGGAGGAGCACAGACUACUGGGAGACGAGAAAACAGAGGACUUCCCGAAACAAACAGAAACCCAGAAGCAGAGGGAUUUGUGUCAGCUUGAGAAGCUAUACCAAUUCUUGGAGCAACAAGAGCAACUCUUUGUGACCUGGCUACAGGAGCUAAGCCAGACCAUCAGCAAGGUCAGAGAGGCAUACUACACCCGGGUUUCCCUGCUGGACGAGCUGAUUGGAGAACUAGAGGCCAAGCAAGACCAGCCAGAAUGGAAGCUCAUGCAGGACAUUGGAAUCACCUUGCACAGGGCUAAGAUGAUGACGGCCUCUGAGCUGUUGGACACUCCUCCAGGUGUUAAAGAAAGGCUCCACGUGCUCUACCGGAAAUCAAAGUCUGUGGAGAAGAAUAUGCAGCGUUUCUCAGAAACACUGAGCUCCGAAAUGACAUUCAGCGCUUCAGAUGUAGCAAAAUGGGAAGGGCGCCCACCUAGCACCACACAGGCCCAGGGCUUGAUCCCCACUGUUUACCUAAAGUGUGAUGGUGCACAGGCGCAGGACUGUGAUGUAGUACUUUACCCAGAACCGGGAGCUGGAGGAUCAGAACCUCAAGAUUACCCCCAUCCUCAGCCAGCUCAAGACACACCUGAGCCGCAUGAGAUCCAUUCUCGGAACAACAAAAGAAAAUUGAAAUCUUUCCUGAAAUGGAAACCUUCCUUUUCCAGAACUGACUGGCGCUUAAGAACAUGCUGGUAAAUGCCUAAAUCAAGUUAUCCUGAUUCAGACCUCGCAGCUGCUCACCCCAAGCGCAUCUUCUCGAUGGUAUGAAGAGUGUGAGAUUUGGAAACAAGGCGUACCUGCUGCCUGACAGUCUCCAGAGGUUCCAAAGUUAUAUCACCACCCUGGGGAUUCCUAGCCUUGAUGCCAGCUGCCGUCACUGGAAGGUGGAGUUUGGAGCCAAGACAGUUCAGGUCCCAGGAACAUGCUAAGCACUGGCUAGCAGGAAGGAAUAUAACUCUGUGGAGAAUGACUCCUGGCUGGUAAUAAUAGCAACACAACAGGAAGGCUCUUUUCUCCAGCCUGUGAAUGAGGGUGUCCACAGGCAGGUGGGCAGCUUCCUAAACUACACAGCUAGGAGCAACAUGACAUAUGCAUGGUGACUGGCUUCUCCUCUCCAGUUCCCACCAACCUGCCUUGAACCCUGAGGCAUGUGAUGAAGAACACAGCUCUUCUGGCCAUCAGUGCCGUCAGUGACCAGAUACUUCACCAAGUGCCCAACACUGUGCCUGUGCGGAGUCAGCUGGCAUAAGGGAUGUAAUGAGUGGGAAAAUACUAGGUUGGGUGUGGUGUUGCAUACCUAAGAACCUGGGAGGUUGAGGCAGGAUGGUACCUGUGAGUUUGUGUCUAUCCUGAUGAAUUUCGGGUUACUCUGACUGUGGUCCAGCCUCCAUACAAAAAGAAAGAAAAUAAUAGUGGUACUUGUAUUAUUUAGUGCUACUACUGCUGUAAUAAAAUACCCUGAUAAAAGCAAUUGGUGGAGGAAGCAUC